AUGGGUCGUGUCAUUCGAAACCAAAGAAAGGGUGCUGGUUCUAUCUUCACCGCCCACACCCGGCUCCGAAAGGGCGCUGCCAAGCUCCGAGAUCUCGACUACGCCGAGCGACACGGAUACAUCCGAGGUGUUGUCAAGGAGAUCAUCCAUGACCCCGGUCGUGGUGCUCCCCUCGCCAAGGUCGUCUUCCGAGACCCCUACAAGUACAAGCAGCGAGUUGAGACCUUCAUUGCUAACGAGGGUGUCUACACUGGCCAGUUCAUCUACGCCGGUAAGAAGGCUACUCUGAACGUCGGAAACGUUCUGCCCCUGGGCUCUGUCCCCGAGGGUACCAUCCUCUCCAACGUCGAGGAGCACGCCGGUGACCGAGGUGCCAUUGGCCGAACUUCCGGUAACUACGUCAUUGUCAUCGGCCACAACCCCGAUGAGGGCAAGACCCGAAUCAAGCUUCCUUCCGGAUCUAAGAAGAUUGUCCCCUCUACCGCUCGAGGUGUCAUCGGUGUUGUUGCCGGUGGUGGACGAAUCGACAAGCCCCUGCUCAAGGCCGGCCGAGCCUUCCACAAGUACAAGGUCAAGCGAAACUCUUGGCCCAAGACUCGAGGUGUGGCUAUGAACCCCGUCGACCAUCCCCAUGGUGGUGGUAACCACCAGCAUAUUGGUAAGGCCUCUACCAUCUCCCGAGAGGCUGUUUCUGGUCAGAAGGCUGGUCUCAUUGCUGCCCGACGAACCGGUCUGCUCCGAGGUACCCAGAAGAUCAAGGAGUAA